UCUCAGUUCGCCUAAUUUGUUUCUUGCAUUAAUCUCAUUGAAUAUUUGUGUGUUUUUCAUUUCUGAUAUUUAACUCUAAAUUAUGAUUGAUUUGGACAAUAAAGUAGCUUUGAUCACUGGCUCUAGUGAUGGAAUUGGAGCUGCAACAGCAAUACUCUUUUCAUCUUUAGGUGCUAAAGUGGCCAUUGUUGGACGUAAUCAAAAUAAACUGGAUAAAGUUGCUGCUGAAUGUGAAGCUAAAUCACCUCAUAACUACAAACCUGUUGUCAUAAGAGCUGAUUUUGUUAAUGAUGAAGAUGUUGUACGAACCUUUGAAGAGACCAUUUCUGCUUAUAAACACUUGGAUAUUUUAGUCAACAAUGCUGGUCAGAGCAACAAUAAAGAUUUCCUUGAUGCCGACGCUCUUAGUGACUAUGAUCGAACCCAACAAAUCAAUGUCCGAUCUGUUGUCCGACUGACUCAAUUAGCUGCACCAUACUUAAUUAAAGCUAAAGGAUCUGUAGUCAAUGUUUCCAGCAUUGCUAGUUUAAAAGCGUAUCCAAGCAUGUGGUCUUAUGGAAUGGCCAAAUCUGCUGUCGAUAUGUUCACAAAAACAAUGGCCAGUAGAUUGGCUCCAAAUGUUCGAGUUAAUUCAGUCGUUCCUGGUCCAGUGCGAACCAAUUUUGUUGCCUCGCUUAACCUUGACCCAAAGGCUUUUUGGGACGGAAUGGUCGAACAACAACCUUUGCAACGUGUCGCUGAUCCAAUUGACCUUGCCAAUAUGAUCGCUUUCCUUUCAUGUGAUGCUUCUCGAAACACAACUGGUUCAAUUUUUGUAACUGAUUCUGGAGCUUUAGUCGCUGAUCCCAUGAAAGCCUCCUCUAGUAAUCAAUAAUCAGAGUUUGCUUCAACUCUUCAUUUUACCUUUUAUAAUUUUUAUUAUAAUUUCAUGAUAAAUUUUCUCAAUCAACAGAUAAUUCAGGCAUUUGAACAUUUAUUUCAAUAAUAGAUGGUAAAAAUUGUCAAUGUAUCUUAUUGGAUUAGUAAAAAUUUAUUGAAUUGAUAA